GUUCGAUUUGAACUUUGAUUCGCAUCAUGUUUUUGGAUGUGAAUGAAGUUUUUGAAGGUUUUAAUUAGUUUCCUUCAAAGAUCAAUGGAUUACCCCUAUAAACUUUUAAAUAUUUGAUUUUUCUUCUCUUACUCGUUCUGAAAAGUAACUGUUCUUUCAAUUGUGUCAUCUUUGUCACCAAGUUUUGACAUGUAUAUUUUUUUCUUAUCGAUCCCACGCGUUUCUUGCCCCUAAAGAUGUUUUAAAAGCUGCAAUGGGACUCAUAAGUACAUGAAUCUUUUAAUUUUUUAAUAAGGAAACGAAUGAUGAAAAGCAAAUUUAAUUUCAUCCAAGUUUAGUUGUAGUAUUAGCCAUAAUGGAAUGGACAAGUAUCUCUGCAUUGGAAGCACGAAUCGAGUUUGACGAAAGCGCCAACAAUGGAUUGGUAUUGACAAACAAAUACUUGCCUGAGGAGUUACUAAGUGAGAUCUUGUUCCGCGUUGAUCUAAAGGCUAUGUUGAACUGCCAGCUGGUAUGCAAGCGUUGGUACUCAAUACUGCAUACUUACGUCUGGCGGAAGAAAGCAGAGGCUAUUCUGGGACAGCGUUUGCACUUCGAUGGAGAAUUUUCUUGGUUGUUGUACUACGUAAUAUGCAAUAACAAUUCUAUAGGGAAAAAUUUACUGAAAAAUCACUCUGGUAGAAGUGGAACGAACAAAUUUUGGAGGAUACUGAGUAAUGGCGGACAUCGGUGGAAAGUCGAAUGCCCUCCAGCUGGUGCCCCAAAGCUACCAAGUUCAGAGCCAGUCUUUGAGAAUGAACAGUUUUGUUUUGUUACUUCCUUCGGACACUGCAACAAAGAACAAACUGUUGAUUUAGUUUCCGAGGGAUUCCCACCCCGAUUUUUGGACCAAUUUCAGCCACCAAUCGUGAUAAGCGAGUGGUACAGUUCCAGAUGGGAUUGUCCAGCCGCAUACAAAUGUUCCGCUGUAUUGAAAACCGAAUGUGAUCUAGUCUUGAAAACUUUCCAUUUCGAAAAUAUUCUUGACGGCGAAACGCAGAAUACCUGGUUUCAAGUCCAACACGAAUUCACUAACUAUGGACCUGGAGUGAGAAAAGUGACCUUUACUCAUGGAGGUAUCGACCAAAAAUUUUGGGCUGGACAUUACGGUAGCAAAAUGGCUGGAGCAUGCAUCAAAGUAAAUCUGCCGAAGCAGAUGCCUACAGAGUCAGAAGAGGUAACUUAUAUGGUUGUAGAUUGAUAAUAACAGAGUUGGUUACAUCCAAUCAUUCUACAGACUGUGUUAACAUAAUUAAUUAUAUUAUAGCUUUUACUUUAUUAUUGUUAUUAAUAUUAUUAGUAUUAUUAUUAUUAUAUAAUUAAUUGUGGGUACACAUAUAUCAGGUGAUUCUUUUUCAAGAUGGUCAAAAGUUUCGGAUAUUAAGUACAGGUCAAUUUCCUGUUCAUUUGACUUCUUUUAUACAAGCUCAACUAUAGAAACUUUGAAUUAUUAUUAUAUGGUAAAAAACAUAUAACUGUAACAAAACAACAUCAGGGAACAUCAACAAACCGUUGAUAAUUGUACGCUUAUGAAAAUAGUCUAAAUCCGAUCUCAGCAAAAAAUUAUUGCGACAUUUCGUUGAGCUAGGCUCAAAGAAAUAUUUUACGAAAUAAACGUUUCUCUUUUCACAUUAGAUUGUGGAUCUCUUGUUUUUGUCGAUAUUUUUUUGAUUAUCUAGAUGAUAGUUACGAUGAUCUUAUCUUUUAUCGAGAAAGAUACAUGGCAAAUUAUGUUUCGUUUUAUAUAGAUGAUUUUAUAUGUACAUGAAUAAUCUUAUCUUGAUCUAGGUAAUAAGACUCAUUAUCUUGUACAAUACUGCAUAUUAUAGAUACUUGUAUUGAUAAUAUAUUUUAUUACAACACA